AUGCCUCCUCGUCAGUCCGCACGCAACGCCGCACGCCAGUCAACAAGCCAGCAGACUGCGAAGCCCAAGGCUAGGAAGGCUGCGCCCAAGUCAACCACGACAUCCAAAAAGUCAAGCGCCACGAAAGGCUUGAAGGAAGUCGCCACGGGCUCCAAACGUCCCAGGCAAGAGACACUGGUAGGGGAUGGCAAGGCCUCUCAGGGCGACGUCCUGUCGCCUUCCGAGAAGAAGAUGUACGACCUCCUGAGAGCAAAAAUGGAGCAAGCGCAGAAGCAGGCGGUCGCAGACCGCAGGUCGAACAUACAGAAGACGAGUACAGCCAUGGUGCUGGCGGAAGAUGCGUCUCGCGGAGAUGCAGAGGAGGACAGCGAGGAGGAAGAAGGAGCGGCAGACGGCGUGGAAGACGGCGUGGAAGACGACGUGGAAGACGACGUGGAAGGCGGCGGCGCGGAAGGCGGCGCGGAAGACAGCGCGAACCAGGAGGAUGACGACGAGCAGCCGAGACGCAAGAAGCUGAAGAAGAGCAUCGUGAUCAAUAGCAGCGACGACGAAGACCGUGACCAGCUUAUCGAGGAGGACGGGGAGGUGGAGGCGAAGAUAGUCGAGCCAGAUGAACGCCCUCCGCGCGCUAAACCUAAACCCAAGCCUGCGUACGGCAAGAGAAAGACGAGGGACGUUGAGAGUGACCACGAAGACAGGACCAUGAACGAUACUCAGCCUAUGCUCGACCAAGACGAGCUGAGCCUGGCUGGGACUCUAGGUGCUGGAUCGGCAGCUGCACAGGACAAGGAAACUAGGAAGUCAACGCGCGCGUCGAAGAAGAUCCCUGAUGACGGUCGCACCGCUCUCACGCAGCCUGCCAAAAGCAAGAAGAAUGAGCACAAGGUGGUCGACAGGAAGAAGGACAAGGGCAAGGCGAUCGACCAGAAGAAGAAGGCGAUCGACUGGCUGGACAGCGACACCGGUUCGGAGAGUGAGAUGGGGAGGGAGGAUGACGACGAUGAUGAUGAUGACGAUGCCGCAAGCUACGAGUCGGGCAGUGACGGCGACCAGGAGGAAGGCAGUGAGGGCAAAGAGAUGGAAAAUGACAGUGAUGAUGAAGUGAUCGUUGUCAAGGCUCCGAAGCACAAGAGCCAGCGUUCCAAAGGCAAGGGGGGUCGUCGUGGUCGCGGCAACUCGAACGAAGGGAAGUCCGUAGGACGACGCCGCCGAGCACAAGCCAGAGAUCUGCCCGAGACCGUCAAGCCCAUCGUCACCUGCUCACAGAUGUACCUCCGACUCCGCCUCUCUCUAGAACACGCAUGGACGUCCGAGAAAAUGCAGAACAGUAGCCAGCUGCCCGUCAAACACACGCUCAUCAAGCGUGCAAUAAGGGAUGCUCGAGCUCAUCGCGCCGAAAAUGGGAAGAAGAUAUCAUACCUCUCGAGUGGCUUCAAGGUUCUGGGCGCCCGAGGAACCAACCGUCUUCGCGGCGAUGUCGCCAACGUGGUGUGGACGGGCGCAUGUCAGCUCCGUAACGAGGUCAAGAAGAAGGCGACGACCGUGGUUGAGAAUGCCUAUGCCCUCGGCGGCCUCUCGACACAGCGCAGAGUUGCCGCGGCAACGUUCCUUCUCAAAUGCAACAUGCAGGGGAAGUUCUCACUGCCGAACUUCAUCUUUGGUGACAUCGACAUUGCCUGGCAGGCGAACGACGCUUAUGAGGUCGACACAAAGGCGAGCUUUGUGAAUCGCAAGAAACCCUUCCACCACAGAGCGAUCUCCGACGUCAUGGUUCAGCAUUGGUUCCAUGGCUCCAGGGAUUCUGCCUCUGUAGCGGCUUACGACCGGUUUGCCGAGGUUCCUAACAACCUCAUUGCUCUCGUCUGCAAUGCGUGGGCCAAUAUCAUGGGCGUACUAGAUCAAUUCGAGCGGAAUGCCCCGGAGGCUUAUGAGUCCAUGAAGACGUUAAUCUGGACUAACAUCAGCGCACUGGUCGAUGAACAGAAGGCCUCGAAGUUGAAGGAUGAGGCAGACGAAGGUGACGGUAAUAGCGGUGCAGAAGAACAGUUCAUAUCCUGGAGUGACGUCGAGGUCGUCGAGGUUACCCCUAGCAACGCAGCAGCGUCUGUGAAGAAGCCGUCCGCGUCGAAGCCGUCCGCGUCGAAGCCGUCGCGUCGAAGCCCCAUCUGCGUCAAAGCCUCCAUCGUCGAAGCCUCCAUCGUCGAAGCCGUCCGGGUCGAAGCUGUCUCGGACCGGGUCCAAGCCGUCGUUCUCGAAGCAGCUGUCGUCGAAGCCGUCUCCAUUGGCUGGGAAACCCGGAGUAUGUAUGAAGUUCAGCUGAACAGGAAACUGCUGAGCUUGACCCACAAGACUUGUCGGCUGAAAACGAUGACGAUGUUGGUGAUCCGUGUCUCUGGUUAUGUGUUUGGUAAUGCAAUGCAUAGCCAAGCGAUUAUCUGGAAUACCAACCAAUGA